AGCGCAUACUCCCCAAGUGAGAACGGGAUGUUUUGGAGAUUUAACUUAAAAUUAAAUGACGUAAAGUAAGCCUGCUUGUUUUGCUAUUUUUUCGCUUCGUAAAAUGAAACUCCACACAAGCGAGUUUCCUUUUCUCCACUGCUCCACAUAACAUAAUGAACCGUAUAUCAUUUUUCCCACCGUACAAAAUCAUCAAGGAUUGCACUUUGCGCACUACUUGGGACUCUCACACUCAAUUCCUUCGCUAUCGGAGGUUCGAUUGCCAGGUGAUUCCACCAGCGAGCGAAAGUUCGCUCACUCCAUGCUUCUCCGUGUCCUGGGAGGACAGGACUGUGUACUCAGGUCACUCGUCCGAGCGGCAACAGCAGCAACGGCAGUAUUCUCGCAGCAAGGUGCACCCCGGCGUGAAGUCGUCGAAUAGAUGGAAGUCCCACGAUGAGUUAGGCUGCCAUGUUUCCGUCAUUCCGAACGCAGCAGGGGCAGACCAACGCGAUAUGUGA